AGUAGGUGCAAAUUCAUUUCGGGAAUUUGACCGACAAUUUUUCGUGACAGCAAUGAAAUUAUUUAUCAGUUCUCUUUUUGCCUUUUUUGCUUGGUUUUUGCUCUGUGUUUUAUCCGAUGUCAUUUACACCUCAGCAGAUCUAAAUCCGCAACAGGUUACAAACGCGAUUAAAACGCGCAAAUUGAACGAAAUAUUCCAGUUAAGGGAUUUGAAACGCAAUCAUCCGUCUUAUAGGAAAGCGCCGCAGUUUAUGAUGGAAUUAUACGAUGAAGUUGCGGAAUCAAACGGUACGGAAAAAAUCACAAAAGCGCUGGAGGGAAAUAUUGUUAGAAGUUUUCAAGGACAAUCUAGUGGGUCAUAUCACUUCUUUAAUCUAACAUCAUUCGGACAGGACGAGCGGGUGAUCAAAGCAGAAUUCCGAUGGUUUAGACACAUGCAACCAUUUGUGGGACGUCAUCAUUUUUACAAAGUUGACCUAUAUGAAGUGCUGGACAACAGGGCAAAACCGUGGAGAGGGAAUUUUUUAUGCUCAAGGCUGGUGCCAGUCUACACCAAUGGAUGGGAAGUAUUCAACAUCACACAAAUGGUCACUAAAUGGAUUCUUGACAGCGGCACAAAUAACGGCAUUCUUAUUGUAACUGCUUCACCAUCCGGUAACUGGUUGGAGUCCAACACUCAGGUGGACGGACAGUCAGAUAAGAAAAACGCAUAUUUGGUGAUAUAUUCAGAUGAUGGACGAAAACAAUUCCAAAAUCCACCUUUCUACAAAGAAAGUUUUGUUACGUCAACAGCGCGCCGACGCAGAAGUGUGCGCUCCUUAACAUCUACGUGCCAGAGGAGAAACCUCUUCGUGGACUUCACUAAAAUUGGCUGGUCGGGAUGGAUAAUAUCUCCAAGAGGUUAUAACGCAUACAGUUGCGUUGGCUCAUGUCCUUUUCCCCUGGGCGAAGGUCUACGGGCUACAAACCACGCUACAGUAAGGUCAAUUAUGAAUGCAUUGAAACUGUCGCAGGAGGCGGGUAAACCGUGCUGUGUACCUGAUGUGCUUUACCCCAUCAGCCUUCUGUACUUUGAUGACGAGGAAAAUGUUGUACUGAAACAAUAUGACGAUAUGGUUGCGGGCAGUUGUGGGUGUCAUUAA